UAAGGUACAUGACUGGGGCAGCCUGUAGCCUAGCGGCUAAGGUACAUGACUGGGGCAGCCUGUAGCCUAGCGGCUAAGGUACAUGACUGGGGCAGCCUGUAGCAUAGUGGCUAGGGUACAUGACUGGGGCAGCCUGUAGCCUAGUGGCUAAGGUACAUGACUGGGACCCAGAAGGUUGAUGGUUCAGCUCAUCUCCAGGCGGCUGUUUUAGGGAUCCUUCCUGUUCAAUAUUUUGGGAACUAAUUUAGAAAACACCUCUCUGCUGGGAAAAUACCUUGCUUACUUUUUUUUUUAGAAUAUGCAGUCGCGCUACAGUCCAUAAUUUACAUUUCUCUCAGCAGUGCCACAUCUUGGAUAUAAACCUGCAACCUCGAGUCUGGAGCCUCACUUCCUGAGACACAGAACCGCACUGCCCCACCUGCCACACCUCAUGAGCAGUUUGUGCCACUCAUCGAUUGGGCAACGUUGAGCUGGCAGAGGUGGGAGAUUCCUUACCUGGAGGGCAGGUAUGCUUUAGAGAUCGUGAGGUCACAGGAGAGAUGGGCACAGCUAUCGUGGCAGUGGAGACUCACAAUGAAGACAGUGCCGUGGAGGGGGAGGGGAUUGAAUACGGAUAUCCAAUCACGUGCGGCGGCAGCAGGGCAGUGCUGCUGUUUAAGAAGUUUGUUUGUCCUGGAAUCAACGUGCGCUGUGUAAAGUAUAAUGACCAGCUCAUCAGCCCAAAGCAGUUUGUUCACUUGGCGGGAAAGGCCACCCUGAAGGACUGGAAACGAGCCAUCCGAUUGGGCGGCGUCAUGCUGAGGAGGAUGAUGGACUCAGGUCAGAUAGAUUUCUAUCAGCAUGACACUGUGUGCACCAACACCUGCCGCAGCACCAAGUUUGACCUGCUGAUCAGCAGCUCUCGACUGCCCCACCCAGGGGCCACUCUGCCCGCCCCCCGCUCCCCACAAGGUAACGGAGGGCCGGUCGCUCUAGCGGAGGACCAGCCCGAGGAGGCGGUUGCCACGGCGGCAGACUGGACCUCCAGUGUAGCCACGGCCAUCGCCACGGCAGCCCAGGCUGAGAUCCAGAGGGAGGCAGGAGAGAUCUCCAGUGCGGACACCCUGGCGUUCUGGAAGGCCAUCGCAGACGUGGGUCUGAUGGCGGAGGUCGUGUCCAACAUCCGCACAGAGCUGCUGGCCCUGCUGCGGGACAUACAGCUGCGCAGCGGGGAGGGAGCUCUGCAGGAACCUGACGCAGCAGCACUCAGCUCGCUGGCCCAGAUGUUCGGGCUGCUGGACUCAGUGAAGCGGGCCCUGGAGAACCGCCGGGGCCAACCGGAGCAGAACCAGGAGCAGCACCUCUACAGCCUCGAGGAGCAGAAGAAGCCGUGUGAUUGGCCGCAGCAUCCCCUGGUCUUACCCAGCAUGCACCUCCCUACGCCCCCGGCCCCCAAACGGCCGCGCCUCCAGCGUCCUGCUCCGUCCUCCGCCCUGAUUGGCUCCUACCCCCUGCAACGUUCUACCCCCGCCCCCGUCACCCUCCCCUCUGUGGGGCGGCCAAUCGGAUCCCGGCUCAGAACUUCCUGCUGUGGACCCACCCACAGCGAAGAACAUAGCAGGGUGAGGGCUGAUGAGGAGGAGGAAGAGGAGGACGAGGAGGAAGAGGAGGAAGACGAUGGCAUCCAGUACCAGGAGAAUGUGCAGAUUAUUUAGCACUGAGCCACGUGAGAGAGGGAGAGAGAGAGAGUGGGAAGAGAGAGAGGAGAGAGAGAGAGCUGGGGGAGAGUGAGACAGAGAGACAGAGGGGAGAGAGAGAGAGAUAGA